AUGGAGGUAAUAAGUAGCAGCAUUGAAGAGCAACUGCAUCCGAAUGAAGGCACGACUUGUAACUUGAAGCAUAAUGCCGCUGGAGUAAAGGUUGUGGUGAAAACAGUGUACGCCAAGAGGAAUAUGCCGAAUUGGUGGACAAUGUCGGCCAAGGCGGUUAGCGCAAUGAAAGUGUUGCAUGUGGAUCGGAGUGAGCUGAAAAAAGGGUUACAUAAGUGA